AUGGCAAGUUCAAGCAAUCAAAACAUGGGAGCUCUACCACUUUCUUUUCCACUUCUCAAUGGAGAAAGCUAUGAUUUUUGGUGUGUGAAGAUGAAGACCCAACUUAUGUCAAAUGAUGUUUGGGAAUAUGUUCAAGAUGGGUUUGAAGAUUGUCAAGGUAUUUCUGACAACCUCUUUCCUAGAAUCAUCAAUGAAACCCAAGCCAAGAAAGCAUGGGAUAUUCUUUACAAUGAGUAUAGAGGCAAUUUGAAGGUAAAAACCAUCAAACUUCAAUUCUUGAGAAGAGAUUAUGAGAAUUUGAAAAUGAAGGAUAAUGAAUUAUUUAGCCAAUUUGAGUGUCGAAGAAUUGAUGGUUCCCUUAAGACAUUUGAGCAAAGAUUGAAUAGGCAAUCCGAAAAGUCAAUUGAGAGUGCCUUUCAAUCUAAACUUAAUGUUAGUACCCCAAAGCCCCAUGGGAAAGGAUCUUCUUCAAGUCAUAAUCAAUCUAGAGGGGAAUUUUCAAGUGGUGGAAAUUUUGAACGAGGAAGAGGUGGAAAUGAUAGAGGAAGAGGAAGAGGAAUGAAUAAUUUUCAAAGGGGAAACAAUUUUCAAGCAAGAGGGAAUGAUGAGGCUACUCAACCAAGGUGUGGAAUUUGUAAAAGGGGUAGUCAUGUUGAUAAAUAUUGUUGGUUUCGAGGGAAGCCACAAUGUUACAAUUGCAACAAAUUUGGGCACGUCAAAAAGGGUUGCCGAGUCACAAACAAUCAACAAGCUAAUUACUCCGAAGAGCAAGAAGGUGGAGGGUGCAAGUUUUAUGCUUGUCAAGCGGCUUCCGAGCAAAAGAAUGAUGUGUGGUUUCUUGAUAGUGGUUGUAGUAACCACAUGACCGGAGAUGAGAGUAUCUUUGUGAAAAUCGAUACUUCCUCCAAUUCUCAAGUAAAGAUGGGGAAUGGUGCCUAA